AUGGCUAUCAAAGAUUCCAUCUUCGUGGACGGGACAUCUGCCCACGUCGUCUCAACCACACUGCGCUACUGGCUCGACCCGUCACCCGCAGGAUACAAAGCGUUCUAUGCCGGGACAGCAGGGGUAUAUCGCAGAAAACACGACGAACAACCCGCGCAAAUCACAGACGUCAGAGGACGUGAGAAGGAAUUCACUCUCGACAAGCAAGGCUUCGCGUUCGUGCAGCACGAGAGCAAGGAGAAAGACUUCGCAGACGACGAAGGCAUCAAGGACCGUCUCUACCCGGAAGUGAGCGAGCUGUUGAAGGAUGUCACAGCAGCGACCCAUGUCCGGCCCUUCUCCCACCUAGUCCGCUCGGAAAGGUGGGAAGACGCCCAAGCAGCAUGGGAAGGCAAGAAAGACGACGAAAUCGUGCACACGAAAGUGCCCGCGCGGUUCGCGCACGUCGACCACUCGUACGCCGGCGCCAUGCAGAUCCUCAACGACAACCUCACCGACGAGGCCGAGCGCGCGAGACUGACCGCCAACACGAGGUGGGCCAUCAUCAACGUGUGGCGUCCCAUCCACCAUCCCGUAACGCGAGAUGCGCUCACGGUAUGCGAUGCCCGCACGGUCGACGAAUCCGACCUCGAGGGCUUGACCGCGAAGCUCCCCGCGCCGCAGAACGACACGUACGGGACCGUCAGCCUAGGACGCGCGUUCGAAACAUGGGCCGUCAAAGCCAACCCGGCGCACAGGUGGUAUUACAAGAGCGGCAUGACGCCCGACGAGGCUCUUCUGCUCAAGAUUUUCGACUCGAAGAAAGAUGGCCGCGCGAGAAGGGUGCCGCAUACGUCGUUCCAGUGCGAGGAGGACUAUGGCGCGCCGAGACAUAGCGUCGAGAUUCGGUGUCUUGUGUUCUGGGAGGAUCAGAGUUUGGAGUGA